GUAACUUGCGUGAUGUCACAUUUAUUUUUCGGGAUGUAAACUAGCAUCUAUGGAUCACAAUGAUUUGCCGAUAAAACUGACAGAAGAACCCAACACGCACCUCAAGUGUCCAGUGUGUUUAAAUCUGUACUCGGACCCCGUGAUUAACGUACGAUGUGGUCACACGUUUUGUAGAAAGUGCGCGUUUGCCACCACCAAAUGUCCGGUCGACAACACGCACUGCGAUACAAGUCAGUUGGUAAUCAACAGACUGGUUGUUGGUCAGAUUGAAGACUUGUUGAUUCACUGCCAGUAUGGACUUAAAAAAAAUGAUGGUGAAUGGAUAUUAGAUCCUAAUGGCUGUCAAGAGGUUAUCGAACUAGGAAAGAGACAAGAACAUGAAGGUAGCUGUGGUUUUGCUGAUGUUUCGUGUCCAAACUCUAAUCUGUGUAGAGGUAUAAAAAAACACAAUGUAGAAAACCAUCUGAAGAACUGUCAGUUUGUGCCAUGCUGCAACAAGGAUCAAGGUUGUACAGUUGUAGGCCGGUCGUCUCUAGUAGAAGAACAUUCCAAAGUGUGCAGCUUCUCAAAGAGUUUUGUCUCCAACGGACUAUCCCUCAGCAGAAUACUUGAUGUGGAGAAGGAAAACCAGUCGCUGAAACAUCAAGUCACAGAUCUCACAGAUCGUGUUGGUACACUAGAAUCAGCUCGUGAUGAUAUUUCAUCUCAACUUUCAGGCUGUAUGGAAAACUUGCAAUCAUUACAACAGAAGUAUGAUGAACUGCACGCCACAGUGGAAUCUUUGUUGACCAGUCCGGGUGUACGAUUGUCUAGUUCGCAGAUGUCACUGGUGGACUCAACAGGUGCACCGAGAAGACGAUCAGUUCGAAGUUUUGCAUCUAGUCCAGAUAACUCUGGCCGAGUAGAGAGAUGGGAAAUGCCAUUUACAUUCAAAUGUAUUGGAACCUGUCGGGGUCACAAGGAUGUGGUUUGGUGUUUGUGUGCCUACAAGGGCAAACUGUACAGUGCAGGCGCUGACAGUGUCAUCAAAGUCUGGGAUCUGGAAUCUCUCGCCAAAGGCUGCAUCAAUAACUUCCACGGACACACUGGAGUGGUUCACUGUUUAGUCGUCUCGUCCGACCGUCUGUAUUCAGCAGGCAACGACCAUUCCAUUCGAGUGUGGGAUAUAGAAACUGGGUCUCAAGUACAGAACCUGGAGAAUGCUCACGAUAAUCUUAUAUGUGCAAUGGUAGUAUUUGACAAAUAUAUCUGCACUUCUUCCUUUUCCUUGAUAAAGAUCUGGGAAGCAAACACACUUAUACUGAAACAUUCCUUGUCAAAUCUGAACCACUGGGUCAGAGCUCUGGCUUUAAGCACAGAUAAGCAAAAACUGUACAGUGGUUCUCACAAUACGAUCAACAUGUGGGAGACUGAGAACUUCACAUCUGUUGGAAACAUUGAGCACUCGUUUGGAUCGGUGUAUUCUCUGGCAGUCACCAAACUGUACAUCAUUACAGGUAAUACAGGUUCCUACAACCAGAACAUCCAGCUGUUUGAUAUUAAGACACACCAGCAUAUUACAAACCUCCAAGGUCACCUUGGAACAGUCACCUCACUAAUCGUCUCCCCAUCUGGAAAUUUCUUCUUCUCCAGUUCACAAGACAGUCAGGUUCAGAUUUGGGGUGUGGAGAAGUUGCUGCCAGUACAAACAUUACAGCGACAUCAGGCCAGUGUUAAUUCUUUAGCACUGUUCGGCAAUCUUCUUUUGUCCGGUUCCACAGACCACGAGAUCAAAGUCUUCCGAUAUUUCCAACUGCCCUGAAUGGCUUUAGGACUGGCUUUAAGGAAAGAUGUGGGGGUGUGCAGGAUAUAGGUCGGUGAUAGAGUACUCGCGUGAUGUGUCAUGGUGUAUAGGAUCAGAGUUGGCUUUUGUUUUUCACUAUUGCUACCAGUGCUACAUAACUUGCACAUUAACAGCUCUGGUUUGUGCUGUCCUGUUUAUGGGAAAGUACAUCCAUUGCUGUUUGUGAUCAGGUGUAGCUUACUUGUUACAUGUUCAGGAGGAGGGACGUUUGCGAACAGUUUGAGUGGUACCAUUGUUCUAUCAUAUCACAUUGAUUUAAUUUUAGGCACAAAAACCAGUCUAAUUAAUAAUGAGUGAUCGUGAGGGCUUGUCCUCAGGAACUUGCCUCUGAUGUGUGAUAACUCAUAGGCUCGAUCAAACUCAAUGGGACUUGGGUGAUUUUUCUUCCAUUCCAACCAGUACUCCAUUACUGGUACAUCAUCAUAUGCCGUGGUUUGUGCUGUCCUGUUUGAAAGUACAUAUAAAAGAUCCCUUGUACAGUGCAUUUUGAUCCCUGUUGCUAAUUUUAAUAGAGUAGCCAGUGUGAAGAGCAGGUUUUGUCUCCAAGGCUGACUUAUUAAUAUCUGUGUGGUAUGUGCAAGAUGGUGUACUUGUUGAAUAUGAGGAUGAGCAUAAAUCAUCAUUUAUAACUGAUAAAACUACUAUACAAUUAUUAACAUCCAAAGAAUUGUAUAUGCAUUACAUUUCACUACUUUUAUCUUGUAUAGUAUGAUUGAGAUGUACAUAUUAGAUUGUAAUGUAUAUUAUAAUUUACUUGAACAAUUAUUACAAUACAAUGUUGGUACAAUGUAACAUUAUAUGUGUUUGUUGGUAUUUUACACGUGUAUAUUAGUGUAAUGUAUUUUAUACCUCUGUAAUAUAUUUUAAUAUUAUUCUUAAGUCUUUCCACUGUUGAUUUAAGUGUACUGUGAUAUAAACUGGCUCCGUUUUAUGAAAUGAUUUUAGUGCUAAGAUUACCUUAAGUGCAUAAGGUAGCUAUGCUUAAGGUGAUCUUAGGGCUAAGAUGACUUCGUAAAACGGGGCACAGGAGUAUAAUUAAGAGGGAUUUCCCAGGAUUAAAUGCACUACUUUACUUCUUCGAGAAUUAUGUUUUUUCUAAUGGUUUGAUAUUUCCCUUUUUUGGUUCCCCGACAGCAGCAUUAUGGACUGUUCCAUUCAACAGGAAUCAUGCAGAAAAGUUCAUGACAGAAGAACUUUAAAAAAAAGAAGAAAAUCUCAAAAUGUUGGGUCUAAAAUAACUUGGAGAAGUUAAGAAGUGUAUUUCAUAUUGUUGAAGGGAAAAAGGGCUGUGGUAAAUUAAGAUCCUGUACCACCACCCCCCCCCCCCCCCCCCCCGUUACACAACUGGAUUUCAAUUAUAAUGGAUGGGGGGGAGUAAAUUAAGACCUGCAGUGGUCAAAUUUAUAAUCAGCUGUUGUUAUUUACUUAAAAAAUCAUAAAAUUUUGGCCAUGCUAGCCAGUUGUAUAAUAUAAUAUUAAAGAAAGAAAGAAAUGUUUUAUUUAACGACGCACUCAACACAUUUUAUUUACAUUUAUAUGGCGUCAAAC